UAUGGUCAAUAGUUUAUCGAGUCGGUCAGGAAAAAGAAGGAGGUGGCGAUUUCAAAACAAAGAUUUCAAAGAUCAAUAUAUAUUUACCUUAUUCUCCUGCCUGGUCGGCUGGUCGACUUAUUUAUUUUUUUGCUUGUUCAUUGUAAAUGUAUAGUUAACUAAUCUUUUAAAAUGCCAGUAUUUCAUACCAAAACUAUAGAACAAAUCCUCGAGCCUGUCGCGCAGCAGGUUUCCCAGCUGGUUGUUAUCCAUGAGCAAGCUGAAAAAGGAGCAGCAAUAAAUGACUUAACUGGACCAGUUGGAGCUGUCGGUGCUGCUGUUAACAAUUUAGUUCAUGUAGGAAGAGAAACAGCAGCCACCAGCAAGGAUGAAAUUUUACGCAAAGAAAUGCCAGUGUCAUUUACCAAAGUUGAAAAAGCGUCUUCAGAUCUUAUUGAGUCUACAAAAGUGUUGAAGGAGGACCCAUAUUCUGUAGAUGGUCGAAAGUUACUUAUUAAUGGAGCUAGAGGUAUAUUAAAUGGCACUUCUGCUCUGUUAUUGACGUUUGACGAUGCUGAAGUACGUAAAAUUUUGGAAGUGUGUCGGAAAGUCCUGGAUUACAUACAAGUUGCAGAAGUCGUGGAAGUUUUAGCAGAUUGUGUGACGUUUGUCAAAAAUCUUACGCCUGGUAUAUUCAACAUGGCAAAAAAAGUUGAAGGACGUAUUCAAGAUCUAACCCAUGUCACACAUCGGGAACUUUUACAAAAACACAUAAAAAGUGUGAAGGAGAACAUACCGCUUUUGAUAGGAUCGAUGAAAGCUUACGUUUCAACCUUGCAAACAAAUGUUGGACGUGCUGAAGCACAAGAAGGACGCAACUUCAUUAUCACUAAAGUAUGUGAUGACAUUAUUGAAAUCAUGCGUGUUUUGCAGUUGAAAGUAGACGAUGAGUAUGACUUGGAAGACCCAACAAAUUUAAUGCGCAAAGCACGACACCGUCUCCAAGAAAAAAUGAAACUGGCUAAAGAUUGGCUUUCGAAUCCAGAUGCAGAAGCCAAUGGUUUAGGUGAAAGAGCGCUUCGUGAUAUAAUCAAGCAAGCUCGACAAGUUGGUGUUUUAGCAAACGACCCAAAGAUUAAGCAGUUAUGUGACGAACUAGAUAAUCUCAUCGAUAGAAUCAGUGCACUACGUGCAAAGGGAUUGGGACAUAGCCCGGAAGCUUUAGCUCUUGCUAAAGAAAUUGACGAGAAGUUAGAUCUAUUAACAAAGCUUGUCGACGAUGCCAUCGCCAGAGAGGUUGCCGCGGGUACAAGGCUUCCAGCCGCUACCACGCAGGGGCAGUUUGAUCAAGCUUUAUCUUGGAUUGAUGAUCCAAGAUCAGAUCCGAACAGUGUUGGUCGUCGAGCAAUAGAUGCAUUACUUGCAGACGGACGAAGACUAGCUGAACAGCUGUCAGGACCUGAAAAACAAGAACUGCUCGAUACUAUAGACAACGUGGACAAGUUAACAAAAAGAUUAGCCGAACUGAAAGCGCAAGGAAAGGGAAACACACCAGAAGCGUUAGAAAUAGCUGCGAAGUUGAAGAAAGAACUUGAAAAGUUAAAGUUUUUGUUGCAAUCUGGUGCGACGAGAGGUGUUGUUGACAAUUUUAUGGACGUUCUUACACCUAUUAAACAUCUUGAGAAAGCUGCCAAGGCACCUGUAGACGCACCAAACCGUGAGCAGGAAUUCGAAGACAAAGCUGGUGCGUUCGAAUAUCAUACGAGCAGAAUGAUUGAUAGUGCUGAACAAACCGCUGUACAUGGAAAACAUGCCAAUCGACAACUAGUCGAUAAUAUUCAUUCAGCAGCUAAAGAUCUUGCAGAACUAACACCACAAGUGUCUCACGCGGGCAAACUGCUUCUCCUAAAUCCUGGCAAUGCAACGAUUGAAGCCCACUUCGACCUGAUGAAGAAAAACUGGAUUGACAAAGCUGAGGAAGUUACCGCACUUGUAGACGCAGCGACAGAUGCUUUCGAUUUCGUUAAACACAGUGAAGAUGCCAUCAGAAGAGAUCAAGCCAGUGCACUGGUUGGACUUGAGCAACAAAAUCCAUCGGUUGUAGUCGCUAAAGCUGGAAACAUGGCGCGCAUGUCGAAUCGCGUCACACAAGUUGCGAAAGCAGAAGCUGAAAAUUCUGAAGAUCCAGAAUACAAACAUGCUGUUAGCAUGAGUGCAAAAGAACUGGAAAAUAGUAUUUCUCCACUUGUGGUUUCUGCAAAAAAUGUAGCGAUCAAUCCUAAAGCGCAACAAGUUCACAUUGAAUUUAAAGUGAGCAGUGACGGGCUCAUCGAAAAAGUUGUGGACGUCAAAAAGGCGUUGGAUCCCACCCCCACGCCGCCACCCACACCGCCACCAGAUCUUUCAACCUUAACUGUGGAAGAACCACCAGAGGUACCGCCACCUCGCCCCCCACCGCCCAUCGUUGAAGGUUUGAUUGCUGCUGAUGAAUCACAAGAACUUCAUUCGAUGCUUGAACAACCACCAGAUGCGGACAACCGAAUGGCGGUUGCCGCCCAUCAGCUGCACGUUGAAGCCAGCAAGUGGGAAGAAGAAGGCAAUCUUCUCAUCCAAGCGGCGAGACAAAUGGCCAUGCUUUUCGCUAAGAUGUCCAAGUUUAUCACAGAUGAAGAAUACUUCGCAACGCAUUCCAAGAAAGAAUUAAUAGAGACGGCAAAAAUGAUUGCGAAGGCAAGCACAGAAUUGGUAAAACAAGCUCGACAAAUCGCAAACAAGUGUCCAGACAAAAGAAUGCGACAUGACCUACUUCUAACGAUCGAUAGAAUCCCAACCAUUGCAACUCAAUUAAAAAUCUUAGCCACAGUUAAGGCUACCAUGUUUGGUGCAAACGAUCCACAAGCUGAUUUAGAAGCCACUGAAAUGUUGGUAGGGUGCGCAGAAAAUUUGAUGGGAUCAGCACGGUCCGUUGUGAAAGACUGUGAAGCAGCGUCGAUUAAGAUUCGUUCCGGUCAAGGUCAGAUUGUGCAAUGGAAACGAGAACAACAUGGUUCCAACCCGCUGGAUCGCAGAUAUUAACUUCUCCCGUGUGCAAACACUUCAAUUUUGAUUUAUACAUAAAUAUAUAUAUUUUUUUGAAAAGCUCUUUUUAAGAUUUUUGUGCAUUAUUUGUAAGACUGAUAGUACCAAAGUUUGAAAAUUGCUGACGAGCUAAAUGAACUAAUUUUAAAAUUAAUUUUUGAUAAAAAAAUCUCCCUAUAGCUGCCAAAUAAUUCAUUCAAUAUUUAUUAUCCGUGCCUAAUUUAUUCAGUGCACUUAACAGCGAAUUGAGUGGGUUGUGCUUAUCGCUCGUCAGAUUCAUGUCUUAUAUGACGUCAUGUCUUCAUUAACACUCGAUAAACCACCUUCAUAUUUUCACUCAAUAACCCAAGUUUAUAUUUUUCAGAAAGUGAUAAUCUUAACCCACAAUCCAUUGCAGAGCAUGGCAAAAGAAGAGUAACUGUGACAAAAAUAAAGAAGUCUUGUAUUAUUCUCUUUGUGUUGACAUUGGAAAUUCAUUUUUCGACACUAGCUUAUACAUGUCAGUUUUAGUCUGAGAUGUAUAAACUAGUGUCUAGUGCUUAAAAAAGGCGAAUAAUAAUUGUAAAAUCUCUUUGUCAA